AUGUGGUUCAUGGGCGUCAACGGACUCCCAGGAGAGAUAAAGAACGCGACGGGCAUUGCGCCGGCGAAAAUGAACGGCAAGGAAUUUCACGUCGACAUGAACGGUACCUACUACGGGUUGAUGAAGGCGCGAGCCUACUCUGUCGUACAAAAGUACACGACCACGCUGACGCGCAACACCGAGCCCGCCAACCUGCACAUGCCACAGAUGGAGGAUGCGCCAGAGCGACCCGAGUCGACAGACUCUGCCUCUCCAGACCCGAACGAUGCCCAGGCGGACCUUCUGAGACGUGCGAACAUGCUCUUUGGUCUCAAAGAUAAGCUUGCUAUGGUGACGAGUGGACCCAACAGCCCCGACUCUGUCGUCGUUGACAAAGAUGGGAUGUUACAGGAUGGCACGGACCAACAGAGAGUUAUGUUCUUCGGUCACAUUGCAGAUGAACUGUACAGGAAGCUUUCUCAGUUCUGUACUCCCGAAGACGAAUCUGUCACCCUUCACUUCGAUGGAGAGCCAUCCAUUCAGAAACAGGCGGAGCACCGAGCUCGCGACGACAAGCUGCGUAAGGGCACCGACGCACUUCACCAAGCAAUCGAACAAGCACGUGUAGUGGGUGGAUCUCGUCGAAAGGCUGCUUACAAACGGUGCAGGAAUCUCUACAAGCCAACAACCGUAAUUCAAGGAGAAGUUAUAGCGGAGUUGAUCAAAAAGUACGACUGCCAUGUAUGCCUUUGCCGCUUUCAGUCGGAUACUUGCAUUGCCAAGCUUUGUGCCCAGUCUCUGAAUCCCCAGGACAUCAUUGUUGUCUCCGGUGAUUCGGACUUGAUUUGUUUCGGGGCUGUGCCGAGAGUGUUGUAUCCGAUCGGCAAGUCAAGAGAGCUCACUCUUUUCGAAAAGGAUGCGAUUUUGGAGGUCCUCGAUUUGCCUUCGGAGCGGCAUUUACUACUCGCGGCUGUUGUGACGGGCAACGACUACACCCGGGGAGUGCCAUAUUUCGGGAUCAAGAAGAUCUGCGAGAUUAUUCGGGAAAUGGAGCUACCCGGCUCUGACGUCGAAUCGUUUCAUUGGUACGUCCACGAGUUUCUCGUUCGAGUGCGACACCAGCUUCUUUCCGAGAGAGUCCCUCGGAAGAAACGAAAACGAAUCGACUCGCAGCUAUCGGUUACGGUUGACGACUUCGAGCAUGCUUUAUCUGCCUUUGUGGGCGUCCAGGAAGAUGCCGUAUCCUCCGUUGAUCAGAACCCACACCCUCAGCCUUUUACCAGUCAACAGCACACAUCGAUUGAGCAGGGAGGGCAGCGAGACUGUAAUGCGCACGAGAUUGUCAUGAGGGCACUGCUCGAUCUUGAGUACCAGAAGGUUGCAGAGGCUCAGGAACGUGCGGCAAUGGGAUUCACACCACCGAUGGAGGACAAGAAGCCGGCUCCCAAAACGAAUGUAAAUCGGACCAGGACAGCGAAAACGCAGCGAGCUCGCCGGGAGGCAGCGAAAAGGAACAGGAAACGUAAAAAAUGGAGGAAAUCCAGGUUCAAGUCUCGCACUGACAAUCAGGUUCGGUACUCUCCCCACAGAGUCAGUGAUCCGUCGACAGCCACCCCUGUUUCUGAUAAUCAACUGUCGACAAUGUCCCCGUCACAACCAAAAAAGCGACCCGUCGACAAGCAGCCCAAGGCUGUUGAAGAUUCGCCUUCAGCAUCCUCGUCAUCGUCGACAGACCGCUCGUCGAAGAACAAAAGACGGAAGGCGUCAUCCAAGAAAAAACUCGCGAGACCACGCGACAUCGAUGCAACCCCAACAGCACCAAAACUUAAGGACGCUUUCAAGUUUGCUUUUCCGACGAUAACCCAGACAGUUGGUUCCUUGAAAGGAUGCCUGCGCCGUAGCCUUCGACCCCUCGGGAUCUCUGAUGACCAAGUCGACACCAUUGCGAGCCGCCUGGAGAAGGCUACGAGCCUGAUCAAUGAAGCUCGUCCCCACGUGUUCAGGAUGAUACAGCUGUUUUUACUGGAAGAAGUCACAACAGUGUUUAGCCCGCAAGGAGCCUCAGGGGAGACGAAUGUCGAUCUGCUAGACCUGGUGAUGAACAAGGCUUCCGGUCAGAUGUUCAUCCGUGGAUUAAUGUCGUUGGCCUUGAAUGGAAAGAUUGUUGAGAAAAAGUGCAAGAAGUCCGAGUCCAUCCGUGCUCGAGAGCUCGCACAGAGGCCGAUACAAGACGAUCAUUCCCCACUUUUCGCCCAUUAA